AUGCAAGACAAUGUCGGUGUUCGGACCAUCACCAAGCUGGCAAGCUAUGUUCGCCCAGAAAACCAUGUUGAAUACUUCAACGUUCGGUUCGACCAUGUAGAUGGCUACUCCCACCCCCUUCACAUCGCUGCUAUGAGAGACAAUAUGGAGCAAGUAAGGAAGCUCCUGGAGCUUGGAGCGGAUGCUGAGGCCAUGUGCCAAAAUCUCACGCCCUUGCUGUCAGGGGGGCAACUCCAAACUCUCAGGGCGAUCCAUCUCGACAAGGUUCUUGAGGAUUGCGAGUGGAAGGCAAUUCUCAUUCCCCUUGUAUCCCAGAACCGGCCUCUCUGUCGUCUUCUCCAUCGCCAUGCCCCUUCAUCCAUUUUGGCGCAAAGUCUUGAUGAGACUGAUAGAGCAAUCACAAUGUACCACGUUGCUGUGCUACAAAACCUACACGACGUCACGGCUGGCAUGCUGCACCUACACCCAGGCGACGUCAAUAUCCAAAUGCCCAAGUCCGGACAGACCCCCCUACACCUUGCAAUUUCAAAUGAAAGAGCAACCCUUUUCGACAAGCUCAUUCAUCACAGCACUCUGAACGGCAUCUUCAACAGAGACGGCGCGAAUGUUCUCCACCUUGCCAUUGAGGAGGUUUACAUGACAGAUCACGCUCCCACACGUCGCUGGCUUGCCCAAGUAGUGAAGAGUCUGCUUGACCAAGGUGCAGACCCCAACGAGCCCAAGUCCAACCUUCUGGGACAGACCCCUCUGCUGCUAGCCACAGAGGCCGUACGCUACGACUGGUACAGGGUCUGGCGAGAGGCCAAGUUCGUCAUCGACCUCCUCCUCCAGAAGGGUGCCGAUGUCAACAAGGCUGAUGGCAAUGGAUCGACGCCACUGACCACGGUGGUGAAGAGGGUCAUCAGGGAGAAUGACCGUGGCUCCAUGAAGACCAUGUUUUUGGACUUGGUCGAGAACCAUGGCGCCGACAUCAACUUCCGGCCCCAGUUCGUGGGGCAACCCCUGAAGUCGAUCAUGUUUCGACUGAUCGACGCCCCCAGCAUGGUCACCCUCUGCAAGGAGGUGAUCGCGCUGGGUGGCACCAUCGCCCAGCACGAGGUCCCCGGUGUCUUUGCCAAGUGGUAUCAGUCCUCUGCUUAG